GUCAACGCCCGCGCCUGCGCACUCAGGGCGGCCUGGUCGUCGUCUGCGGCGGCGGCUGAAGAACCCGGCGCACACGCAAGCCCUUGGCCCGGCCUGCACUUCGCCUCCCGGCCUAGGUUCCCCUUGGCCCGGCGCGCCCCGGCUCCGCCCCAGCCCUCCCAAUCCCUCGCAGCCCGGACCCGGCCACCCGCCUCCACCGCCGUAAUGAUGAUGAUGGCGCUGAGCAAGACCUUCGGGCAAAAGCCCGUCAAGUUCCAGCUGGAGGACGACGGCGAGUUCUACAUGAUCGGCUCCGAGGUGGGAAACUACCUCCGUAUGUUCCGAGGUUCUCUGUACAAGAGAUACCCCUCACUCUGGAGGCGACUAGCCACUGUGGAAGAGAGGAAGAAAAUAGUUGCAUCGUCACAUGGUAAAAAAACAAAACCUAACACUAAGGAUCAUGGAUAUACAACUCUAGCUACCAGUGUGACUCUGCUAAAAGCUUCAGAGGUGGAGGAGAUUCUGGAUGGCAAUGAUGAGAAGUACAAGGCUGUGUCCAUCAGCACAGAGCCCCCCACCUACCUCAGAGAACAGAAGGCCAAGAGGAAUAGCCAGUGGGUGCCCACCCUGCCCAACAGCUCCCACCACCUGGACGCUGUGCCAUGUUCCACGACCAUCAACAGGAACCGCAUGGGCCGGGACAAGAAGAGGACCUUCCCCCUGUGCUUUGAUGACCAUGACCCAGCUGUGAUCCAUGAGAAUGCGUCCCAGCCUGAGGUGCUAGUCCCUAUCCGGCUGGACAUGGAAAUUGAUGGGCAGAAGCUGCGUGACGCCUUCACCUGGAACAUGAAUGAGAAGUUGAUGACCCCUGAGAUGUUUUCGGAAAUCCUCUGUGACGACCUGGAUUUGAACCCACUGACAUUUGUGCCAGCCAUCGCCUCAGCCAUCAGACAGCAGAUCGAGUCCUACCCCACAGACAGCAUCCUGGAGGACCAGUCAGACCAGCGUGUCAUUAUCAAGCUAAACAUCCAUGUAGGAAACAUUUCCCUGGUGGACCAGUUUGAGUGGGAUAUGUCAGAGAAGGAGAACUCACCGGAAAAGUUUGCCCUGAAGCUGUGCUCAGAGCUGGGGCUGGGCGGGGAGUUUGUUACCACCAUCGCAUACAGCAUCCGGGGACAGCUGAGCUGGCAUCAGAAGACCUAUGCCUUCAGUGAGAACCCCCUGCCCACAGUGGAGAUCGCCAUCCGGAACACAGGUGAUGCAGACCAGUGGUGCCCACUGCUGGAGACCCUGACAGAUGCUGAGAUGGAGAAGAAGAUCCGUGACCAGGACAGGAACACAAGGCGCAUGAGGCGUCUUGCCAACACUGCCCCGGCCUGGUAACCAGCCCACCAGCGCUCAGCUCCCAUGGAGCAUGUCGGAAGAUCGGAGUCUCUCCUCAUCUCUGGCAAGGAAAGAGGCAGGGGGAUAGCCCAGUGCCAUCCUGAGGAUCCAGGGGUGGGGGCUUCUAGGUCCCCCCACCUCUGGCACACAUUCCAUUUGCUAAGCCCCAGUCCUAUUCCCCCCUGCCCCUAGCACCCUUCCCCAGUCUCUGGGGUCAGGAAUAAGCCUCAUUUUGGGUUGUGUUUUGUUUUUGUAUAGGAGCCCCAGGGAGGGCUAGCAAUACUUUUUAAAUAAAAGGCUCUAGGUCAUGUUCAGUUUCUUCAAA